AACCGCGCCAACGAUGCCUUCCAAGAGAAAACUGGUCUCCGAGGCUAACACUGAGCCAGCCAGCGUGCCGUCGACGCUGCCGCCCUCUGUCGAGGAAGCCUAUCGCCGGAAGUGCGUCCAGCUCAAGAACCGCACCAACGAGGUCGAAGAUGCCAACGACGCUGCCCGCCUCCGCCUCGCCCGCAUAAAGCGCCAGGUCGAGAAGCUGAGGAUAGAACGGGCCUUCUUGCUUGAGCAGCUGGCUAAGCGCACCAGCACAAACGUCGAAGAUUCUGAAGGCAGCCCCAGCCCGCCUCCUACGGCAACCUCCUUCGAUAUCCCCAAUGAGUCGAAUGCUAACCCCCGAAAGCCCAAGGAUAAGCCGCUACGCAUUAAGAAGGGCCACCGGAAAUCCAACGCCCCCGCGGACGCUGAUGCCGACGCCGACGCCAAGGCUGGCUCCGCCAAGGAACCCACGUCCCCUGCCUCCGAGUCCAACAGCCAGGCCAAGCGCUCGCGCCCCAACGGCGUGGCCAAGUCUCCUCAAGCAAGCAAGACCCCUUUUGAACUGUACUGCGAGGAGGCUCGGCCUGUGCUCGAGGCCAAGGAGAGGGACGACAAGGACGAGGCCGAGGUGAACAUCGACGAGGAACUCAAGCGUGACUGGGAGGAAUUGCCAGAAGCCGAGAGGGAAGAGUGGCAGGCCAAGGCCGACCAGCUGAGCAAGGCACAGCAGGAGGAAGAGGACAAGGCCGCUGCUGAGGCUGAAAACAACGACAGCCCCAAGAAGAACAGCCCCAAGGCUGAGGCCGACACUGAGGCCGACCCUGAGGCUGAGGCAGAGGGUGACGCAGACCCUGAGCCAGAAGCUGAGAAGACUGAAGCCCAUGAUGAAGAUGUUGAGAUGAGCAACUAUGACACGGAGGACCAGGAGACGCAGGAUAAGGACGGCGAUGAUGAGAAAGAUUAG